AUGGCGUCGUCUCAGCCGGCCAAGGCCAAGCCGCACGUCCUGCUCAUCCCCUACCCGGCUCAAGGCCAUGUGAACCCGUUGCUGAGGCUGGCCAAGGCCCUGCACAUGCGCUCCUUCCACAUCACCUUCCUCCACACCGAGCACAACUAUCGCCGCCUCCUCCGGUCCUGCGGGCCGGGCGCCGUAGAGGAGGUCCCUGGCUUCAGAUUCGAGACAAUUCCUGAUGGGCUCCCGCCGGCAGACCUCGAUGCCACCCAGGACAUUUGGAAGCUCUGUGAGGCCAAGAGGCGGACGUGUCCGGGGCCUGUCAGGGAGCUCGUCGAGAGGCUCAGCCACACCGAUGGCGUCCCGCCGGUGACCUGCGUCAUCGCGGAUGGCGCCAUGGGGUUCGUGGUGCACGUGGCCAAGGAGUUGGGGCUGCCAGCCUAUCUGUUCUUCACGACCAGUGCAUGUGGGCUCUUGGCAUAUCUCAACUUUGAUCAGCUUGUCAAGAGAGGCUACGUGCCACUCAAAGAUGAGAGCUGCCUCACGGGCGGUUACCUAGACACCCAUGUGGGCUGGAUAACCGGAAUGAUCAGCAACGUCCGCCUCCGUGACCUACCAACGUUCAUCCGCACGACCGACACCAAUGAUGUCAUGGUGACCAUCAACAUAAAACAGUGCGAGUUGGACGCUCCCGCCGCUGACGGCAUCCUCCUCAACACCUUCGAUGACCUAGAGUACACGUCGCUGGCCGCCAUCCGCGAGCGUCUACCCAACACCAUCACCAUCGGACCACUCAUCUCGCUGUCGUCCUACCUUCCAUCCGUCACAUCGAGUCUGUGGAAAGAGGACAUUGUAUGCACUUCGUGGCUGGACAAGCAGCCGGAUGGCUCUGUGGUGUACGUCAACUUCGGGAGCAUCACGGUCAUGUCGACGGAGCAGAUGGUGGAGUUUGCACGGGGGUUGGAUGGCGCCGGCAGCCCGUUCCUAUGGGUUGUCCGGCCAGAUAUGGUGCGGGAUGGCAGCCUGCCUGAGGGGUUCGUGGAGGAGUUGGCGGGGAGGGGGCUCAUUGUGGGGUGGUGCGACCAGGAGGCGGUUCUGGAGCACCGCGCAACUGGGGCUUUCUUGACCCAUUGCGGGUGGAACUCGACGCUGGAGAGCCUACGCGCUGGUGUGCCAAUGGUAUGUUGGCCAUUCUUCGCUGAGCAGGUGACCAACUGCAGGUACGCAUGUGACGGGUGGGGUGUCGGCAUUGAGAUGGCGCGCCAGGCCGGGCGGGAAGAGGUGCAGGUGGCGGUGAGGGAGCUGAUGGGUGACAGGGCGAUGAGACGGAAGGCGGCAGAGUGGAAGGAGAAGGCAGAGAAGGCAGUCAUGGCGGGUGGUUCGUCGCAUGGGAACCUCGAGAGGUUCAUCCAAGAGAUUGCGCACGUCAAGUGA